UAGAACUUUAUGUGUCAAGUACCUAAGGAAGGAAACAGUGACUCAACUCAAUUCAGUCUUUUUCCUUAACCUUAAAAAAGGUAUCUUGUUUUUCUCCGACCACCCAAUCUUUCUAAAUAUUUUCUGCCUUCAUCUUCCAUUUCACUCCUCAACUUUGCUCGGGGAGGCGGACUCGGCCAACACUCACUACCGAGAACAGCGCAAAGAUGGCCGACGACGCAAGGUCUGGGGAUGUUAAGAAAGUCGUGGUCGGUGGGCAGAAGCCGGCGAAAAAGGAGAAGAAGAGCAAAGCCGGCGCCGAUGCUGCCAGCGCUGGCCCCGUCGAGAUGAACCCGCCGCCCGAUUUCCUGAAGACGCGACUCGACUUGUUCGAUCGCCUAAAGAAAAAGUAUGACGAAGACGUAGCCAAGCGACCUCGCGAACAAAUCACCAUCACCAUGCCUGAUGGGUCUAUUAAAGUCGGCACUAGCUGGGAGACUACGCCGGGAGAGAUCGCCAAGGGAGUUUCUAAUAGCUUGUAUAAGCGCUCCGUCGUUGCCAGGUUGGACGGAGACAAGAACAAGUUGUGGGAUCUCGACAGACCUCUAGAGCAGAGCUGCAAGCUCGAGCUCUUGACAUUUGACGACGAGCAGGGGAAGCAGGUGUUUUGGCAUAGCUCUGCCCACAUUCUUGGCGAAGCCUGUGAGAGGCGAUUCGGCUGCUCCCUUUGCAUCGGUCCCCCGAUCGAUGAUGGUUUCUACUAUGAGAUGGCUCUGCCCGGAGGCGCUGCUGUUCAGCAGAGCGACUGGACGCCUCUAGAACGUAUCGUGACCGACAUCGUCAAGGAUCGUCAGCGAUUUGAGCGCCUCGAAGUCACAAAGCAGGAUCUUCUCGAUAUGUUUAGUUACAACAAAUACAAGCAGUACAUCAUCUCCACUAAGAUUCCCGACGGUACCUCUACCACCAUCUAUCGUAACGGCCCCCUGAUCGAUCUAUGUCGUGGACCACACGUGCCGGAUACUGGUCGGAUCGAAGCCUUCUCCAUCAUGAAGAACUCGGCGUCCUAUUGGCUUGGCUCUCAAGAGAAUGACUCGCUCCAACGUAUUUAUGGAGUGUCCUUCCCGGAUAAGAAGAAGAUGGCAGAGCACAAGAAGUUCCUGGAGGAGGCAGCUAAGCGAGAUCACAGGAAGCUUGGAAAGGAACAAGAGCUCUUCAUGUUCCACGAGCUCUCCCCCGGCUCGGCAUUCUUCCUGCCCCACGGCACAAGAAUCUACAACACCCUUCUCGAGUACCUCCGAGACCAAUACCAUAAACGGGAUUAUCAAGAAGUCAUCACCCCAAACAUUUUCAAUUCGGAGCUCUGGAAGAUCAGCGGUCACUGGGAGUACUACCAAGAGGACAUGUUUGUCAUGGACUUAGAAAAAGAGAAAUGGGGCCUGAAGCCCAUGAAUUGUCCAGCUCAUUUCCUCAUGUUUGGGCACUCCCCGAGGGUAUACAAUCAGCUACCUUUACGCUUUGCUGACUUCGGCGUCCUUCACCGAAACGAGGCGAGCGGCGCGUUGUCGGGCUUGACACGUGUCCGCCGUUUCCAACAGGACGAUUCCCAUAUAUUCUGUCGGCUCGACCAGGUUACCGCCGAGAUUUCUGACCUGUUCGACUUCCUAUCUGAGAUGUAUGGCUUGUUGGGAUUUACCUUUAAGCUUCAACUAUCUACCCGCCCGGAGAAAUUCAUGGGUCAGAUUGAAACGUGGGACAAGGCCGAAGGCAUGCUAAAGGAAGCUUUGGAUGGCUUUGCGGCAGGUCCCGGUGGUGUAUCGUGGACUCUCAACGAGGGUGAUGGCGCCUUCUAUGGGCCCAAGAUCGAUAUUAAGAUUUUGGACUGCUUGAACCGGGAGUGGCAAUGCGCUACUAUUCAGCUUGACUUCAUGGGUCCCGAGAACUUCGGCCUCGAAUACAUCACCUCCGAGGUGCAGACCGGGAAAUCCAAGCAGGAUGAGCCAGCCGCACCGGCGGCGGAAGUAAAGGUCCAGGAAACUCAGCCACCUAAUGCGGACUCCGGGAACCCCGGCACAGGCGAUAGCGGAGCCAAACGGGGAAGAGUGGUCAAACCCCUGAGCCCCGGAUGCGCUCGUCCGGUAAUUAUUCAUCGCGCAAUGGCUGGUUCUAUCGAGAGGUUCAUGGGCAUUCUCAUUGAGCACUUCGCUGGCAAGUGGCCUUUCUGGUUAAGUCCGCGACAGGUGAUGGUGAUACCCGUAGGCAUGGGAUUUGUGCCAUACGCUCAAGAAGUCAAAGAGAUCCUCAAGAAAGCGAGGAUAUUCGUAGACAUCGACACAACCGGAAAUACGCUUCCCAAGAAGGUGCGAAAUGCACAGUUGGCGCAGUACAACUUUGUCUUUGUCGUCGGAGAUGAGGAGAUGAGGGGCCGACAGGUAAACGUGCGAUAUCGCGACGACACGUCGACCCAGGAUCGUGGCAAGCCUGUAUUGCUGGAAGAGGUGGUCGACAAGCUGCAGAAACUGCGAGCUGAUCGGGGAUCAUACAAUCCCUUCCCGUCAGCGAAGGAGGCGGAUAAGAAGGUGGCCUGAGUUGUGACUUGACAUUGUUAGCAAGAGGCGAUAGACCAUCUCAGGUUGCCGGACCUGACUGACCCUGCGAAGUACUUAUAAUAAAAGGAAUUUCGAAAAUCUGUUCUACUCGACGAGGACGAGGCUGAAGAAUAAAAAGAAGUUAUCCUCUCUAGAAUAUACAGGCAACUAGAUAAGCCUAUGUUCACUAUAAAAAAGGAGGAAAUGAAUUAUGGUAAGCAUUUGCACUACAAUACAGUCCCGA